AUGGCAGACGCCACCGAGUCUGUAACGCAGGACACCGCCAACCUCCACCUCGACGAGGUCACGGGUGAAAGAGUGUCCAAGUCCGAGUUAAAGAAGAGACAGAAGCAAAGACAGCUGGAAGAGAAGAAGAAGGAAAAGGCCGCCGCCGCCGCUGCUGCUCCCCUCCAGGUGGAGAAGAAGGCCAUGAAGGCCGAACUCGACGAGAGCAAUCUCAACCCGAACCAGUACUUCGAGAUCCGAAGUGGGCGCAUCAACCGGCUGCGAGAGACCAAGGACCCCAACCCAUACCCGCACAAGUUCUCGGUCAACACGGAUCUGAGCAAGUUCGUCCAGGAAUAUGCCGACCUCAAGCCCGGCGAGCAGAAGAAGGAGGUGGAAAUACGGGUCGCGGGCAGAGUCUAUGUCAAGCGGUCCGCGGGCGCGAAGCUGGUCUUCUACGACAUCAGGAGCGGCGGCACCAAGGUCCAAAUCAUGUGCCAGGCGCAGGAAGCGGCCGGCGACGUCUCCUUCGAGGCCCAGCACGAACACCUGCGGCGAGGAGACAUCAUCGGUGUCAUCGGAUACCCCGGUCGAACCUCACCCAAGAACCGUCCCAACGAGGGUGAACUGUCCGUGUUUGCGCGUCAGGUCAUCCUCCUCACCCCGUGCCUGCACCAGAUCCCCUCCGAACACUUCGGUCUGCAGGAUGUGGAAACCCGCUUCCGCCAACGCUACCUCGACCUCAUCAUGAACGAGAAGUCGCGCAACAUCCUCCUCACCCGCGCCAGGAUCGUCUCCUACAUCCGCCACUACUUCGACUCCAACGGCUUCGUCGAGGUGGAAACACCCAUGAUGAACUCCAUCGCCGGGGGCGCCACGGCCAAGCCAUUCAAGACCCACAUCAACGAGUACCAGACGGACAUGUUCAUGCGUAUCGCGCCGGAACUCUUCCUCAAGAUGCUGGUCGUGGGAGGCAUCGAGCGGGUGUACGAGCUGGGCAAGCAAUUCCGCAACGAAGGCGCCGACUUGACGCAUAACCCCGAAUUCACCACCUGCGAGUUCUACGAGGCGUACGCCGACGUGUACGACGUGAUGGACCGCACCGAAGAACUCGUCUCGGGCCUGGUCAAGGAAAUCACCGGCGGCUACCAGACGACCUUCCACACACAGACCGGCGAGGUCUACGAGGUCAACUGGUCGCGGCCGUGGAAGCGCAUCGACAUGAUCCCGGCGCUCGAGGAGGCCACGGGCGAGAAGUUCCCGCCGGGCGACCAGCUCCACACGACCGAGACCAACGAAUUCCUCAAGCGUGUGCUCAAGAAGUGCAACGUGACGUGCCCGCCGCCCGAGACCAACGCGCGCAUGCUCGACAAGCUGGUGGGCGAGUUCAUCGAGGAGACGUGCAUCAACCCGACCUUCAUCACGGGCCACCCGCAGAUCAUGUCGCCGCUGGCCAAGUACCACCGGUCGUCUCCGGGCAUCUGCGAGCGUUUCGAGGCGUUCGUGUGCAAGAAGGAGAUCGUCAACGCGUACACCGAGCUGAACGACCCGUUCGACCAGCGCCUGCGCUUCGAGGAGCAGGCCCGCCAGAAGGCCCAGGGCGACGACGAGGCCCAGAUGAUCGACGAGAACUUCUGCACCUCGCUCGAGUUCGGCCUCCCCCCGACCGGCGGCUGGGGCAUGGGCAUCGACCGCAUGGUCAUGUUCCUCACCGACAACUACACCAUCCGCGAGGUCCUGGCCUUCCCCUUCAUGAAGGAGGAGAAGACCCCGCAGGGCGGCAAGGAGAAUGCCGUCGCGGGGGAAGUCGUUGCCACCAGGCCUGCCCCUUAG